AUGAUAGUUGGAACUGUGAAUGCUUGCAAGAUCUGCGAAGGAGAAAAUAAAAAGGAGGAAAAAAAAAAGCCUAACUCUGAAGGUAACUUUGAGAACCAGGUGAUUUCAGAACCAGGUGAUUUCCUCUCUGCCAAACGUGCAGCCUCUGCAGCCUGCUUGGGUCGUGUCCUUAGGAAGGGUUCAACCUGGCAAGGGGCUGGAGGUGCAAGCCAGGAACAAGGAAGCCCCAAGACGGGAGACCGAGGUGAGGGCGUCCUGAGCCCGGGGCCCACUUUUUCUCUAGACGAAUGUUUCCAAGCAGAUGCCCCAAUUCCUCGGCCCCCUCUCUCCUGGGGAUGCUCCGGCACUGGGACCGAGUUCCAGCUCGCGCCUGUGUCCCGGGACGCAACUUCAGCCCCGCGCUCCGGGCGCAACCGGACCCCCACGAUCUGCAGGAAUCAGGUCCCCUCUGCUCGCCUUCCCAGAGCCUCGCGGCGCCUCCUGGCACCCCAGGAGGGCAGGAUUCCAGGCAGUCUCCAGGGCUCCUGCUCCCAACCCCGCCCGGGCCUCCCGCACGCCCGGGUCCCCGCGCGCCCCUGGGUGAAGGCAGCCACAGGUAGGGGGGCGGCGCGGCGCGGCGCUCACCUGCGCAGGAGCGGAGUCCUCGGCGCCUGCGGGAGAGGAGGAGGCAGAGGAGGCCAUGUUGUGGGGCUGCUGCUGCUGCUCAGUCCAGGAACUCCGGUCUCUCCUCCCCGUCCCGCUCCUCCGGCCCCCAAACGUGGGACUUGUUGGGAAAAGUUCGGCCGCGGCUCAGGAACGCCAAGCGCGGCCCCGCGACGCCCGCCCUGCGCGGCGCCUCCUCCUCCUCCUGCUGUGUCCGCGGCGACCGCCAGGUGCCAGCGCGGGCCGCUCUUCUGCAUACAAGGAGAAAGUAUUCUCUCUCAAGCAGUAAACUCCCUUUUAUCACGGAGCAGGCCCCAGGCUCAAAGCCCUAGAUGGAGAUAAAGUAUCUUGAGGAAGGAGGAGAGGGUAUUUCUUCAUUUACACAAAGGUACCCACACGGAGCUGGGGACAGUCCUUCCCCAGAAGGAAACAUUAAACUCAAUUUCCAUGAAAGCAAGGACUGUGGCUGUCAUGUCUACCAUUGUGUAUCCCAGCACCUAGCACUGGACCUAGUAUAAAUUUUGUGCCAAAUUAAUACUUAUUGACUGCAUGGAUGAACUCUCUAUUUUAUUUAUGGUUCUUCCAAUUUAUUGCUAGCUAUUUUCCAUUACUUGUCUUCUCUUACAC